UUACAUUACACGCCGAGCCGCUUGGCCUCACGAACCAAAUUACCGAACCGUAGGGCACAAAGGGGUCCGACCCACUCAUUCCCUUCUUCUUCUUUCUCUUCCCCAUUCAUUUUUCGCCGCCUUUCAUCAGUUUUUCAUCGCAAUCCAUCUCAGCUAUAUCUUGAGAAUUUCUGCAGCUAGUUUUCGCAUUUUCCCCCUGUUUGUGUUGGUACGAUAUCGUGGUCGACGGGAGGUGUUAUUGGUUGUUUUCGUUUUCCAUUGAGGUAAAUCCUGAAUAUUGUGUGUGAUCCAUAUGGUGGGAUACCCGUUAAUCCCUAGAAGAUGCUUUAUCGUCCCCGCCGCUCGUUAGACGAUUCCCUUGCAUCCCAAUUCCAGUUUUCGCCAUGUCGAGGUUACUAAACAGUAGGAGAGUAUCGAAAUCUUUAUGGACAAAACAGCUUAAUAGCAUCUCUUCAGAAGGUUCUAAAUAUGGAGGCACUGUUAAAACCUGGCCGUUUUCGCCUCAAUAUAGACUACUCACUCAUUACCUGCUCCCCACCAAAAGAUUUGCUUCUAAUGCAAUGUCCGGAAUGGGGAAAAGUGGCUUCUACAAUAGUUACAUCACGCGUUAUUCAGUCGAUUUUACCAAUUACUCCAUGGCACACCAUGCCCGAUUUGCUUGGAAUCGGCUAGCUCAGCUAUCUGCACGCAACAACUGCCGGGCUCGUCUGCCCAUAAACCGAAUAGCCCAGGCAGUCAGCUUGGGCUUGGCCCGUUCUUACAUAGUUGUUCCCGGCAUAUUCUCUCUCAUGUGCGGGACCCACUUAGCUUGGGCACAAUCCACCCCCGAAACGGAUAUCUUUCAGCCGAGGAGUAGUUUCUACAUGCACGCUGCUGAGGAUAGCCAUCUCUUUAUAACCAGAUUGAUACGUUCUGUGUUCGACGCCAUUUUCUUGCUGCUUAGAGCUCUUCAUUUGGCAGUUCUGUUCACCCCUUGCAUGGCCAUGGCCCCGUUCGCAGAUAGCUUCGGGCCCGAGUUUCGAAAACUGUGGCUUCAGAUCGUUCAUCACACCCUAGAGAGAGCGGGCCCAGCGUUCAUAAAGUGGGGCCAGUGGGCCGCCACACGGCCCGAUCUAUUUCCGAGGGACUUGUGCUCCGAGCUGUCGAAGCUCCACAUGAAGGCACCCGAGCAUAGCUUUGCCUACACGAAAAAGAUGAUCGAAAAGGCUUUCGGCCGUAAAAUUUCGGAAAUAUUUGAUGAUUUUGAGGAGGAGCCCGUUGCUUCCGGAAGCAUUGCGCAGGUCCACCGUGCUACCCUGCGGACUCGGCACAGCAGACGUCGGGCCAAGCCCAUGGAAGUAGCGGUUAAAGUGAGGCACCCAGGGGUCGGGGAAUCUAUAAAGAGAGAUUUCGAUAUAAUUAAUGUGGUUGCAAAGAUGUCGAAGUUUGUGCCGGCACUGAAUUGGCUGAGGCUGGACGAGAGCGCGCAGCAGUUUGCAGUGUUUAUGAUGUCCCAGGUGGAUCUUGCUCGGGAGGCGGCUCAUCUGAGCAGGUUUAUAUACAAUUUUAGGAGGUGGAAGGAUGUGUCUUUCCCUAAGCCUGUUUACCCAUUGGUUCAUCCGGCUGUUUUGGUGGAGACUUUCGAGCAUGGAGAGAGUGUUUCGCACUAUGUGGAUGAGAUCAGGGGGAAUGAUCGAGUUAAUAGUGCUCUGGCUCACAUUGGGACCCAUGCUCUGCUAAAGAUGCUUCUGGUAGACAACUUUGUCCAUGCCGACAUGCAUCCAGGAAACAUUCUUGUUCGUGUGGCUCAGACAAAACCGACUCGCAAAAAGCUCUUCAAGACCAAACCCCACUUGAUUUUCCUCGAUGUGGGAAUGACUGCCGAGCUUUCUAAGAAUGAUCGUGUGAAUUUACUGGAGUUUUUCAAAGCCGUUGCCCGUAGAGAUGGCCAAACUGCAGCCGAGUGCACACUGAGAUUAUCAAAACGACAAAAUUGCCCAGAGCCGAGGGCUUUCAUUCAGGAAGUGAAAGAAUCUUUCGAUUUUUGGGGUACACCGGAAGGUGAUUUAGUGCAUCCUGCCGAGUGCAUGCAGCAGUUACUGGAGCAAGUCCGCCGUCAUAAAGUAAAUGUUGAUGGCAAUGUUUGCACCGUGAUGGUCACAGUUUUGGUGCUCGAGGGCUGGCAACGGAAGCUCGACCCAGAUUAUGAUGUCAUGCAUACGUUACAAACACUUCUCCUGAAAGCUGAUUGGGCCGAAUCGCUUUCUUAUACGAUUGAAGGGCUAAUGGCACCGUGAUUUCGUUCGGUGGCUGCGUUUUAUUAUUCCUAACGACAAAUUUUUGACAUUGUAGAAACAUUUAGAAGCCAUGUAUCGAAUGUUCUCACAUGAUUAUAUUUUGGUUUGCGUAAAUAAUAUAAAUUCAUUGACCCAUUCAGCUGGAUCUCUCUCAUGAGAGCUAAGUUAUUUCAAAGUUUGUAAGGCCUAGUUUUGAUUUUAUGUAUUAAUUCACAUUUAUAUUUUGCUCUGUGAAAACAGUAAACUCAUGAGGACAUUGGGACAAUAAUAAAUGGGCAACUGCAAUUUUUGAUUCA